AUGGCGUCCCCUAUUAAGACUAAAAACCAGAUAGAUGGAGCUCCUACUCCCCAGAAUACGCCAGCCAGCGUACUCAAGGAGUCGUACUUGAAGAACGGCAACCCUCUGCAGACACAGCAGGCGACCACGAGCGUGCCGCAGACGAUUAACGAGGAGGAGAUAAACGCUGCGCUCGCCAAGAACCCGCAGCUGUUGGCGACCAUCCAGGGCAAGCUGGGGUCGCUGCUCGGCCAGGACUCGGGCUACAUUGCUUCGCUGCCCCGCAAGGUGAAGGACCGGCUCUACGCGCUCAAGAAACUACAGCAGGACAUCUUCCAGCUGGAAAAGGAGUUCCAGCUAGAGAUGUUCCAGCUCGAGCACAAGUACCUGCUUAAGUACGCGCCCCUGCACGCCCGGCGCGCGGCCAUCGUCAAGGGCGCGGACGAGCCCACGCCAGCGGAGGUCGAGGCCGGCCGCCUGAUCGAGAAGGAGAACGAGACACCGGCAAUUAUCGACGACGACGCCGACGAGGGCGACGAGUCCGACGACGCGGAGGACGAGACCGGCACGCCCGGCGUGCCCGGCUUCUGGCUCACCGCGCUGGAAAACCUCCCCAUGAUCUCCCAGACCAUCACCGACCGCGACGCAGAGGUGCUGCACUACCUCGCCAACGUCUCCAUGGAGUACCUCACCGAGGGCAAGCCCGGCUUCAAGCUGCUCUUCGACUUCGCGCCCAACCCCUUCUUCGCAGACCCCGUGCUCGUCAAGACAUACUACUACCAGCCCGAGCUCGGCUACUCCGGCGACUUCAUCUACGACCACGCCGAGGGCACCCCCAUCCAGUGGGCCUCCCACGAGGCCAACGUCACCGUCGUCGUCGAGAAGCGCAAGCAGCGCAACAAGACCACCAAACAGGUCCGCACCAUCGAGAAGCUCACCCCCGUCGAGUCCUUCUUCAACUUCUUCGACCCGCCCGCCGUCCCGCCCGCCGACGAGAGCCUGGACGCCGACGACGACGACGAAGAGGUCGUCGGCCUCGAGUCCCGCCUAGCCCUGGACUACGCCAUCGGCGAGGAGAUCAAGGACAAGCUCAUCCCCCGCGCAAUCGACUGGUUUACGGGCGUUGCACGUGAGUUUGACUACGACGACGACGAAGACUCCGACGCAGAGGGACACUUCGACGACGAAGACUCUGACGUCGACGACGACGACGACCAUCCGGCAGAAGCCGCCGAUGAAUCCGAAGACGACGAUUUCGCCGCUUCCGAAACUCGUCCCGGCGACAACCCUCCGGAAUGCAAGCAGCAGUAG